AUGCCAAGAGUUGGAAGGAGAGGAAAAGGGUUGAAGGAUAAUAAACCCAAAGAUGAGGUACCCAUUAUUCCUACGAAGGUGCUAUCUUCGAUUCUGAAUAUUUUGGAUUUUACAUUUGAACGUGACAUUGGUAUGUUGAACGGUAAAAAUGUACGUUCGUUACCAGAGAGGAAAAUAUUAGUAGACUUAAAGGCGCAACUGGAUAAACUUGACGAUUUGUUCGGUACAAUUGCUGAUAGUGAUAAAGUUUGUAUUGAUCGCAUUAGGGAAAUUAGAGAUAAUCGAAAUAAUUCAAAAAAUAAAAAUAACGAUGAUAGAAGUAUUAUCAAUAAUAAUAAUAAUAAUACCACUAGUGAUACAGGAGAAAAGGAGUAUGAAAAGAGCCCAAGCAAGCAAGAACAAGUAAAAGCAAUUGAAAGUGAACCUUUAAAGGAAGAGGUAGCUAAAGAAGUAGCAGAAUCUUCAAAAGAGAUUCCAGAGGUCAUGGAUGUUACGGUAUCUGUACCCUCACAGAAAAGGCCUGCUGAAGACAUUGAAAAGGAAAAAGAACAAUCUUCGCAGGAAGAAAAACCAAUUGAGGAUGAAAUAAAAUUGAAAAAACCAAAAUUGGACGGUCAUGUUGACAUUGACAGAAUGGAAAAUGAUCCUUUUGUCAAGAAUCCAAAAUCGGAGUUCAUCAGAUCACAAACUUUGCCAAAUGCUGCAAGAGCUUUAGGGCUAUAUAGUGAAGAGGGUUUAGAAAGUACGGGCAAUGAUUAUUUGAAAAAAAAAUACCAUGUGGCAUCGUAUCCAACCAAUGAUUUAAAGAAACUUUUACCAGGUGAACUUCCGGAUAUGGACUUUUCAUGUCCUAAACCAACUAAUCAAAUUCAAUAUAAUACAUUCUUAUCUUUCGUAGAUAAUUUCUACAGGGAUCUAAAUGAUGACGACACUAAGUUUUUGAAAUCAAAAUAUAUUUUACCAUUAAAAUUACAGGUAGAUAAAACAUACGAUCCAGAUGUGACGCCAUUUGUAAUACCAAAAUUGGGACCCUUGUACACAGACACAUGGUUCAAAGAGGACAGUAACCAAAAGAAGGCAAAUACGUCUCCUCCUCCACUUAAUGACCCAACUUCGAUUUUUCCAAGAAAAAGCGCCAGUGAUAUAAAUGAUUUUGUUCUGGAAACUGAAGAUGUAUCAUGCGGACCGCUUGUCUCAAGGCUUUUAUCUGCCAUUCUUAAGGAAGACGGAAAUGAUGCGAAUAAUAAAGACGUUGCCAUAAAUGCUACGAAUGAUCACAGUUUACACAAUAACAUUAAACAAGAAAAUACCGAUAAUUUAGAAAUGGACAGCUACGAACGAACACCGAGUGAAAGUACAGUCCAUACACCAAUAAGUGAAAUUGACGAACAAAUGACCAAAUUUCAUAAUAAUGGAACCACAAGUAAUUUAACCACAGAUCCCGGGUGGAAUUUAGAUACAAUCAAUUUGGAUUACCCAACUUUUGAAGAAAGGUUGAAAAGGGAAUUGAAAUACGUUGGAAUAUAUAUGAAUAUGCCUAAGGAUGAGAAUAAUCCAAAUGGUGAUGAACUUGAUUGGUUAAAUGGGAGAGAAGAUGAUGAAAUUAGUGCAGAAUUGAGAGAAUUACAAAACUCUUUAAAAAAUGUCACCGUUAAAAAUCAAAGUCGAAAAGAAUCAUUACUUCCUCUAUUGGAAGUUCAAUUGGCCUGGCAAGAGUAUUCAUCUAUCUUAGACGAUUUAGAUAAACAGAUAGACCAGGCGUACAUCAAACGUGUAAGAGUUCCAAAGAAAAGAAAGAAGCAUCAUGGCUUGACCACGGUCACUGCUGGUACAGCAUCACAAAUCGCCCAACAAAAAGCAGCUAAUUCUAGUUUGAGGGCGUUAUUAGACAAGAGAUUAAGAUGGAUAACAAAAAUUGGUCCUUUAUUCCGAGAGCCUGAAGUGAUGAAAAGAAUCCCAGAAGAAAGCGUCUUUAGGGACAUGGAUCAAGAAGAAGACGAAGAAGACGAAGAAGCGGAUGUCUUCAGCCCUAAUACGAACAAUAAAGAUGUGGAAUUGGGAGAAUCAUAG